UCUCUCUUUUUUGCAGGGACCAGGGCAGGAAUUAAAAAGCAAACAAAAGCAGGGGCCAUGAGUACAUCUCAACUUUUACUGUAUUUCUUGUUGACAACUAGUGCAGAGCAAGCAAGCAAGGCACUGGAGAUGAACAAAUUACAGAACCCUGUACUUGUUCUCACCAGCAGCAGCACGAGUAGGGGACCUCAAGCGGCAGCAGACGAGAAGGGGAUCUCCGGGCGGCAGCACGAGCAGGGGAGGAGCAGCAAGUUGCGGAGAAGCAGCAGAAGGGGCUCCAGCUUGAGGUCCAGGAUCGCAAAAGAGCUUGAGGAUGAGCUUGAGGGAGCUCGUGGUCUAGGCGCGGCGGGAGCUCGUGGUCCAGGCGCUCGAGACCCAGGCGCGUGCGGGUCCUGGCCGGCGGCGGCGCAGGCCCUGCGAGGAAGGAGGGGAUAUCGUCGACGCAGGUCCUGGGCGGCGGAGGAGCACGUCUUGUGCGGUGACGGAGCAAGCAGGGCGGCGCAGGUCCUUGGCGGCGGAGGAGCAAGCAGGGCGGCGCGGGUCCUGGGCCGCGGAGGAGCACGUCCUGUGCGGCAAUGGAGCAAGUAG